UAUAUCCUGUAUACAAUUUCAGUAAGAAAUUGACGGCUCCUACUAUUAAUCCCGUACACAAUUCAUCGAUUCCAUGGCAUUUGAGGAGGACGACAAACAUGUAAUAUCGUUUGCUGAUUACAUUAAUUUUGAGGAUGAGGACGGAACCGACGAUACGAGUUCUAUCACUCAAGUGUUUAUGGAAUCAGAUCCUAAACCUACUACUACCUUAGAAAGUGUCCAAGACGAAGUUCUUUAUUCAGACGGAAGGAAUGGUCAGCAAGAAAUACCGAUAUCAAGUAAAAGAACAAGUGCGUCCGAGUUUUCCAAUAUGCGAGAAAUAAAUCAGAAAUUGCAACCAGGUUCACUGUCAACCACGAGAUCAGAUUUAGAAUGUGGAUCUAAUAUCGGUGUUAAUAAUAAUCAUAAUUGUACCAGAAAAUGUACCACCAAGAACAAUACUAUCAUCAUGAAUGAUAAUGUCAAUGAGGCCAACCCAUAUUCAGAUGAAGGAUUAAAUCUAGAUAUUUCUACAAAUAAAUCUACCAAUAAUCCUGGUCACAACAGUACCAUUGGUUAUAUUCAACAUACUAUAUCUGAAGAUCAAAUAUUAAUGCAGAUACAUCCUGGAGAAAAUAGGAUGCCCUCUAAUCCAUCACAUGCAACAUUAACAAUUGAAAGUAGAAAUCCAAAAACAAAGACGAAAGAAGUUAAAAGGUUUCGAUGUAAUUAUCAAGACUGUUUAAGAACAUACAGUACUCCAGGAAAUCUAAAAACACAUCAAAAAUCGCAUAAAGGAGAAUAUACAUUUCUGUGUGAUCAAUCCGGCUGUGGUAAAUCAUUUUUAACAUCUUACAGUCUUAAAAUACAUGUCCGAGUUCAUACAAAUGAGAAACCAUAUGAAUGUGAUUUACAGAAUUGUGAGAAAGCUUUUAAUACCCUUUAUAGAUUACGUGCACAUCAAAGAAUUCAUACUGGUGAUACAUUUAAAUGUGAUGAAAGUGGAUGUACAAAAUAUUUUACAACUUUAAGUGAUUUGCGCAAACAUGUUAGAACCCACACCGGUGAGAAGCCAUUCCACUGUGAAGAAUCGAAUUGUGGCAAAUCUUUUUCAGCAAGUCAUCAUUUAAAGACCCAUUCUCGAACACAUACAGGUGAAAAGCCUUAUACAUGUGCACAAGAUGGUUGCCAAAAGUCUUUUACAACUUUAUACAGCUUAAAAUCACAUGUUAACCGACACGAAAAUCAAAAUAAUAAUUGUAAAAAUACCAGUCCAGGAAAACAGUCAAAUAAUGAUGGUAAUAUAACAAUACAACCUAUAGAAUCUAUAUCUUCUACAUCUGGAGGACAUCCUUGUAAAGUUGAGGAAGGUAUAUGUUGUGCUCAUGGGAAGGAGAUUACAGAUCAAACAAUACUAAAUACCACUACAUUAUUACCUGAUACAUCCCAUAAUACUAUUAAUGUACAGGAUUUGAGGAAUGAUGAAUUAACAGCGGAACAGAUUUUAAAUUCUUUAUAUAUACCAACAGAGUGUGAUAAUAUUUCAACAACACCAGAAACUUCUGCCAAUAAUGCAGGUCUCUUCAUGGGUAACCUUGGUAACGAAGAAAUAAUGCAGCCAAUGAUAUCAGUAAUAUCAAACACCCAACAACAACAACAAGAACAACAACAACAAGAUCUGAUAUCACCACAAGAUUCUAUGAUAAACUCCAUAGUGUUAGGUACUGGUAUGCCUACCACCGUAACCAUUUCUGGCGACUCUACGCCUGUAUUUUCAACUACCACCCAGAAAGACCAAAUAAUGUCUUCAGCUAUAGAAGCCAUCUCAACCAAUGAAACAUCAACUAUGAAUCCUUCCCAGGUGCCUGUUCAAAACACACUUCCUGUUACAAUACAGACAGGACCAGACGGCAAAUCCAUCGCCAUGAAUCAGGUUUAUGUACCUGUUAUUAAUAAUACAGUAUCUGGACCCAGAAUUGAAUUGGUUCCUAUAGCAACAACACCAUUAUAGAAUAACACGACUUGCAAGGUGUUCUCCCUUACCCAAGUUUCAGAGAUGUCUAAUAUAGUAAUUUGUAUCUUUUGAUAAUUAAAUGUGAUAUUGAUAUGACUUCAACAUUUUUUAUUGUUCCAAAAGGGGUUUAAAUGGGUAAAGUUGUGCAGUUUGAACUUGUGACAUUAGAAAUACAUCAAAAUCAAAAUUUAUUGCACAAGCCCCUGUUUAUAUGAGAUGACAUGGUUAUUAUUUUGGCCUUGUUUUGCAUGACAAUAGUAUACAUUUAGAUCUGAAAUAGGGGAGCUAGUUGUCAAUAAUACUGUUUGUAUAAUCAUUGUAAUGUCAUAUUAUUCAUAUUUAUUUCAUAAUCAUAAAAUUAUGACAAAUUAUUAAUAAUAAUUGUUAUUUAGCCUUGCCUAUUUUCUACCAUUUUUAAUAUCUGUAUGUAGUGGGUAGAUCAUAUCAGAUCGUAAAGCAAAGAAAUCUUAUUUUAAACUACUGUAAAACAAGACAUUAGCGGGUUGUGAAAUUAAUGCAAAAUGAGGGGGAGGUUUACAUAGAUAUGUAUUGAAAUUAAUGUGACCACGUCAUAUCCUUAUUUAUUGAUAAUCUUGCCACAUAUGUCCAUCAAUAUAUAAUUUGUGUAUAUGCUCUACUGUUUAGAUUCUGUUUUUAUACUUAUUGGGAUACCUUGGCUAGUCUAAAGAAGGAACAAUAUCAAAAUUCAGAGUUCUCCAAUGAAUUUUACCAUGUUUGUUGCCCCUGUUACUUUCAUUGUUCAAAUGUACUUUGAUUUUUCAGCUGGUACCAGUAAGGCACCACACCCUUUCAAAAGUUAAGAGUCACCCAAGAGUUAAUUCUCCUAUCACCAUGAUUUUUUUGUACAAACUAACUAGGAACCCGAUUGAAAUUGAGAGUCUUGUAAACCUUUGUCAUUUUAUGUCUGUUUCCACAAUAGUUCAAAUCUAUGUGUAGUUAUGCCUCGCACCCAAAAAUCUUGUAAUCCACCCUUCAAAAAGCUGCUGUGGGUGUAAAUAUUUAUAGCCAGGCAAUGCUAUGUUUCUAAAAUGAGAGCUAAGUGUAUUCUAGUCACUAAGAAGUAAAACUCCAGCUACCAUCUAAUUAAAAUCACUGAUUAUGGUUAUCAGGAGAGUUAUAUUUGAUGAUACUAAUGAUUUAUUUGUAACUAACCACACAGUACUUAAUACAAAAUAGAAAUGGAUACAAGAAGAGGGACGGCAACACUCCUGUAACAAGGUGACUAAAGCUGGACAGGCUUAUACAUCUGCGUGGCUACUGGAUCAAAAAAAGAUACCGGAGGGGCAGAGGAGUAAAUAAAAGGAAUUUAAGAAUCCCCACUCAAUAGUAGCACAAUAGACUUGGUAGAAGUGAAGAUUGUUUAAUGAAUAAUGUUUCGGGUUGUGAUACCCUUUUUCUGUUGAGCUACUGUUGAGCGUGAAUUCUUAAAUUUCACAAAAUAGGAAUGUUUAUUUAAAUUAUGUGAGUGAUUAUAGGUCUAAUUAAACAGAUUAAUUUCUUGUUCACAUUUAGUAUCUUGUUUUACAGUAUAACAAAUCUAAAACAGGUCCCGAAUGGUGUUUAAUAUUUUGUGAUACCUAUAGUAACAUAUGUAUCUCUGAAUUCGAUUAUUUAUUUGACAUCAAAUUUUGCAUACUAUUUGAUAAUAAGCAAGCCUGAAGUAGUAGUAUAUACUAAUUAUGCUUUCAAAAAAAAAUAAUUUUUUACGAUCAUGUUUGAAUCAAAUCUGACUCUGGGUAACGUUAGAGUGUGUUGGCGUAGUAUUUGAUAUGUUUACAACAAAACAAAAGUAAAAAAAAAGUAAAAAAAAAGUCAUAUCAUUGUAAAUGAAAAUAUUCUAUUGAUGUAAACUUUUUCUUAUGUCUCAUGUGUUAAAAUAAGAAUUGAAAUAGGAAUUGGUCUAGAAAAUUAUAGAGGGUAAAAAUCAGGUAAAUUUUAUCUUAACUGCCAAGUAUAGACACAAGUUUCACAUCCCCCUUAAUUAAAGGUUGUCUUGAGAACUUAUGCUAACAAUAAUGUGUUCAAUGAAUCAUCUUGAUCCACGAAUGUUAAUUUUGAAAGUAAAGAUGGCUAGUACAUGUAUCAAGAGAUGAUAAUCAUACGAGUGUAGUGUAGAAGCGAUAAAUAGAGUUAUUAAAUAUAGAUCAGGACCUUAUUCACAAAAUUUUAAACUUAAAUAAUUUAAGAAUGAUGCCUUUUCAUUGGUUAAAAGCUACACUUUGCACUAGGAUUUUGAUUCUUAGCCAAUGAAAAUGUUGAAUUGUUCAAAUUCCUUGUAGUGUCAUGAUUUUAGAUGCAGGUAGAACUAGUUGAUUUUAUAACGAGGGCUACCAAAUGUUUCAAAAAUACCUUGUGAAUACACCGACUUAGAUGGGGUGGUGGGGAGAUAUGGCCAAAUUCUCAUAUUGUGUAACCAUACUGGUACAACUUUUGAAGGAAAUAGUAAUGUCACAAGGUAUUUGACGUUAAAUAAUGUUUCAGUAGUUUAGCACCUAAUGGCAUGAUAGAUUGUCACUUGCUAUAGGAGAUACAUAAACUGUUGACAUAUUAUAAUUAAAAUGACUAGACCUUGUUAAUGGGGAUCAAAAAUAAAAUAUUGAUUACUCUGGACGAUCCAUCUAUGUUCAGAAGUUGACAAUCAAAGAUAAAGCCAGUGUUAAUAAAAUCAGUUGUUCGUUCCAAUGCAUCGACUUAGUAAGACAAUGAAACUAAAGGUAGUUAACAGACUGGUUUCGGCUUAAACUUACUGGGUAGUCAUAUUGAGCGUGUUCUGUCGUAAAUCAAAAUAAUAUCCAAUUCAAUACUCUGUUUAGUCAAAAUUUCAAGGAUUUACUUCAUUAAACAUUUUGUUUGUGAAGAAUUAUAGUAGUGUGAAUCCAGAUGAAAUUUGCAACCAUUUAAAAAGUAGAGAGUGCCAUCUUUAUUCUUUAUUACUUACAUAAAAUAAAAUUAUAAAUGAAAUAUUAUGGGUUAUUUACAAAAUGUCAUGAUUUACAUUAUUGAGUAGAUUAUUUAUUAAUUGAAGGAUAUUUUAUUUGUUAUAUUGAUUUUGUAUUAUUCGUUAAAUUGCAUAAAAAAGAUGAUUUUUGCUGUGAUAAAUUAAUUAAGAUUAUGAACGAUGAAAUUUGUAUAGUUGUUUUGUUUAUUAUUAGUUAAAUUUCCUAUCAUUAAUAGUUAAAGAUACAUUAUGUAAGAUUUAGAUAAAGAAGUAGCCAUUCUUGCUAUAAAAGUUCGAAAAUAGAUAAUGUUAAAUGAAUAAUUUGAAAAUUUCAUUCAAAUUACUCUAUAUUAGCCUUUGAAGGUUUGACAGGACUUGUGCAAUAAUUUCAACCACAGUACUGGUUGUUCGAAGCUAAGUCUCGCUCCUCCAUUUUUAGUAUAAUCAAAAUAUGGCUGAAUUGUUCUAAUUUAUUUAAUAUUGGAGAAAUCCGAUGCCAUCGAGAGUUGUUUAUGGCCUGGAUAAGUUAAUUAAUGUCUAAUUAAUAAUUUAGAAAACAUUUCAGUCCUAAAGAAAGACCUGCAAUAGGCAGAUUUGGCUCUUGCAUAAUGUAUGUUUAAGUAGCAUUGAAAUAUUUGAGUUUCAUAUGUAUUGUGAUUGUAAUAAUUCUAUAAAUUAUAGAGCGCGGUUUGCGUGUGGUAAGGGAACUGGACAAUUGGUAAGGAUGCCUAAUCAUGGCUCAGGUCUAGAUGAAUUGUAAGAAUAAUUCAAGCUCCGACCCCAUGAUACCACCAAGCCACCAAUAAAAGUUGUGUCUAGUAUAUCCCCCCACAUAGUUACCUAGUGGUCUUCUUGGGGAUAUUAUAAAAAAAAGUUUCAGAAGGUUCAUGUUUUUUAACAUCCUAGGAAUGAAUUGUCUUAAUAGGCCUUUAGUCCAAUAUUUCAUGUAAUAGGGGGUGGGGAGGAGAUGGCCGACUCUGUAGUGAUGUGUUCAUUUUAUACUACAGCCUGUGCCAAGGUCAUUUAUAUACAGAUAAGCAUUUAGGCAUACCUUGCACUAUACUCGUACAUUACAUUAGUAUAAUAGCUAUUUCGAGUGGUGGGGUAGGGUUAGUGUCGGUGUCUCUGUCUUAAACUAACAGUUAAAACACCUUCAAAUUGUGUACCCUGCCAUCCACUCCCCAAUCUUUUGCAAAUCCAGGCUAGGCCCGAUAUAGCUGUAGACAUAGCCAUUAGCCAUGUGUGUGUAUACAUAUAGAGUGAUUGUACAGCGAUACUAUUACUUCUAUUGUACGAAUGACAGGAAUCGCUUAAUCUAACAUCAGUUAAUAUAAUAAUUUAAAAUUACUCAAUUCCGAUUUCUGGACAAUUAUUAAUAUCGAAUUGAAAUACAUUAAGAAACUAAGAAAGGGUGCAGAUUAAUUGAUCUGGAAAUAUUAUUCGGGUCGUUAUGUGACGAUUCCCUGUCCGUGGUAGACUACCAAUAUCAAGUGGCGAUACAGGGCCAGAAAAAUUCGGACAGUAGAAAUAUAUGGUGGUUUUUAACGAAAUUUGUAACUCUGUCUCACGAUUAUAUAAUGUUGAUGAGAUCUAAUCAGUGAUAAUCUCUAGAAGAAUUUCGAUUACCUAUGAUUAAUUUAGUUUUUAGGAAUACAACAAUAAACGUUUUGUUAAAAUUAAUAUUGAAUGUGUUAUAUGAAUUAUUAGACAUUUGAUAUAUUACUGGAACUUACUAAUAAUAUUUAUUCUAUAUAAAUCUUACUUAUUUUUCUGUAUGAGAAAUAAUAAAUAGAGGAUAAAACAUAA